GUGACAAGUGGGUUACCGUCUCCGGUUCAGUAGACACAUGCAUAUUUACAUUUAAAACAUGAAUUUGGAAUUACUGGAGUCGUUCGGUCAAAAUUAUCCAGAGGAAUUCGAUGGCGCUCUGGACUGUUUAUCCAUAGCAGUCACUUGCUCCUUCAAUAAAAGGGGCACCUUACUGGCGGUCGGCUGUAACGACGGCCGUAUCGUCAUAUGGGACUUCCUCACUCGCGGAAUCGCGAAGAUAAUAUCCGCACACGUGCAUCCGGUGUGCAGCGUGAGCUGGAACCGAAACGGGCACAAGAUAGCGACCGCCUCGACCGACAACACGGUGUGUGUGUGGGACGUGCUGUCCGGCGAGUGCGAUCAGAAGUUUCGAUUUCCCUGUCCCGUGCUGAGGGUGCAGUUUCAGCCGCGUAACCUGGAGAGGCUGCUGGUGUGUCCGAUGCGACAUGCGGCCGUGCUGGUCGAGAUUAACGGGCAGCAUCAAGUUCUGCCCAUCGACGAAGAUGGCGACCUAAACAUUGUGGCAUCCUACGAUCGGCGAGGCGAGCACGUCUUCACCGGAAAUUCUAAGGGAAAGAUCUUGGUGCUAAAGGCGGACACGCUGGAGGUCCGCGCGAGUUUUCGCAUAACUCUCGGUAGCUCCAGCGCGACCGCUAUCAAAAGCAUCGAGUUCGCGCGUCGCGGCGACUGUUUUUUAGUGAACACCGCCGAUCGUGUCAUACGAGUUUACGAUAGUAAGGAGGUGCUCGCGUGUGGAAAGGACGGGGAGCCGGAACCCAUACAGAAGCUUCAGGAUUUGGUUAACAAGACGAUGUGGAAGAAGUGCUGCUUUUCGGGCGACGGCGAAUACAUUUGCGCCGGAUCCGCCCGGCAGCAUGCGCUCUACAUUUGGGAGAAAUCGAUCGGGAACUUGGUCAAAAUUCUUCACGGCACUAAAGGCGAACUGCUGCUCGAUGUCGCUUGGCAUCCCGUUCGGCCAAUAAUCGCUAGCAUCUCCUCAGGGGUUGUCAGCGUGUGGGCUCAGAAUCAGGUCGAGAAUUGGUCCGCGUUCGCCCCUGACUUUAAGGAGUUGGACGAGAACGUCGAGUACGAAGAGAGGGAGAGCGAAUUCGACUUGACUGACGAAGAUAAGUCGGUCGCGAGCGGAGAUGACGCAAAGGAAGACGUCGACUUGGAGGUAGAUGUCAGCACGGUCGAACCGGUUGCCGCAUUUUGCAGUUCGGACGAGGAACAGGAAAACGCAGAUGUUCUCCAAUUUCUACCAAUCGCGCCCGAGAUCGAAGAUCCCGAAGAAAAUUGGUGCGCCGACGUAAUCUCGCAGCCUCCCACCAGCGGCACAAACUCACCGCCCAUAAAAAAGAGUAAAUAUAGAGCCUAUGACAUUCCUAUAGAAAGUACUAGUGACGGUGAAAUACACCCUCUUCUUACUAACAAAAUCAAAGAAAAACAAGGGAUAGGCGGCGGAAAGAAGGGGACAGGACGAUCAAGGAAGUGAGCUUUUUAGUAUUUGUAGCUAUAGGAUUUUUACUGUACGAAUAGGUAAUUAAUAAACCAAACGCAUUCUG